AGAUUGAAACUCAUUUGAGGUUUUAAAUUUCAUCUUCUAUGAUUUAACUGCCAUCACCAUUUAAACCAAUAAACCACAACAUCAACAAUUGUGUUUACCUGAUGAAGAAAAUUAUUUCUCACUUUUGGUGAUUGUGUUUAGUGAUCAGCUUGUUUGUAGCAAUUAAAUGCUGAGAGAGAGAGUUGAUUAACUGUUGACAAUUUGAAUCUACAAGAUCAUCCAAGGAUCAUAAGUGGUCGACCUUUUCGAUGACCUUAAUUUGGGAGGAAAAGUCUUACCAUUUUUACAAUUUAUUCUAAAUCAACAACGAAUUACCAUGUAAUCAGCCCCAAGGAAGUGAAAGAAUCAUCAUCAUUUCCAUCAAAAUAUAUCAUCUCUCUUUCUCUUUCUCUCUCCCUCUCUCUCUCUCUCUUCAUCUUCAAUCUUAUCUUCAGACUAACAUUUACUCCACACACACAUAUAAACACCACUGAUAACCACUCCUAAGAAAAUAUUAUCAACGAUAAUCACCCAAGUCAAUGGUGUAAAAAUCUCAUGAAACCUGUUCAUUGAUUCAAGUAUUGUGUCUGAUUGUUGAACAAAAAUCAAAAUAUUUCCAUCAAAAUCAGUUAAAUAUUGUUAACAAACAAAUUCACAAACAUGUCAGGAGCUAAAAAGAUCGUCAUUGUCAACCAAACAUCGUCCGAGGUUCAAAUUAGGGUCACUAAUCCGUUUCGUGCCUUUGGAACUGAAACAAUCAAAAUGGGCAAAGAGAUGAACUUUAAUUUCACCCCUUGGCACAGUUGCGUUUGGGAGGAAUACUUUUGGCUCAAAGUUUGGUACAACGGCAAAUAUUUAAAGGUGCCCGCUUAUGGGAAAGGCCGUGGGUACGACGAUUAUGUUUACAAGAUCCGACGGGAAGGCAUUUGGGGUAAGCCGAUUGGUUCAACGGAAACGAGUCGAUUGUUAAUCAAAUGGCAAUGAGACACAUACAAUAUACCAGGAUAACAAUUAACUCUCACCAACCUUUAUAAUAAUCUCUCCAUUUUUUAUUAUCAGCAAUUUGUCUGUUAAAUUGUCCAAUUAACAGUUACGAAAAUGGGAAAACUUUGAUACCUGUUAUUACCUUCAUUUACAAUUAACCAUUGUUUAAAUCAUCAUCAUUAAUUGAAUAUAAAUUGGUAAAUGGAAAACACAAUCAAUGGACUUUUAAUCAACAGCAACAAUUGAUUGUUACGAUUAAAUAUAUUUCUCUCUCUCUCUCUA